CCCCGGCCCGCCCCGUCCAGCCCGGCCCGCCCGGCGCCCCGCAGGCCCCCGCGCCGCCCGCGUGCCUAUGGACAGACGCACGGACACCUGCAGGGAAGACACUGCUGAUCCUGUAACAUGGAGGAUUGCCUUCAUACCUCAUCGGAGAAUCUAUCCAAAUUGGUCAGCUGGGCCCACAGCCAUGGAACCAUCUGCAGCCUCAUUCCAAACUUGAAACAUUUGCUUUCGGAAGGUUCUCAUGGGAACCUCACAGCAAUGUGGGGCUGUAGCGCUGGCCAUGCUUACCACUGGCCACUGACGGCUACUUGCAGAGCUGGGUCCCAAGAAAGGGUCUGUUUCCAGGAUAAUAGAAGUUUUAAUUCUGAUAGUCCCAGCAUCAUCGGGGUACCCUCAGAGACACAAACUAGCCCUGUGGAGCGGUACCCUGGGAGAGCAGUGAAAGCAAAACUGGACUGCAAUCGGACCAGAGACUCCUGCGACUUCUCUUACUGCAGUGAGCCCUCCGAACUGGACGAGGCCGUCGAAGAGUAUGAGGAUGAGAACACCCUGUUCGACAUGGUUUGCGAAUCUUCUGUCACGGAUGAAGAUAGUGAUUUUGAACCCCAAACCCAGAGGCCUCAAAGCAUUUCUCGCAAAAGGCCUGGAAUAAUCCCAUCAACUCUUCAUUCCAGCUCCCAGACUCAGCUGGUUGACGACUGUAGCAAUGAUGUCAUCAUUAAGAAAAUAAAACAGGAGAUUCCAGAAGACUAUUACAUCGUGGCAAAUGCCGAGCUGACGGGAGGGGUCGACGGGCCUGCCCUGUCGUUGACGCAGAUGGCAAAACCCAAGCCUCAGACUCAUGCUGGUCCCUCUUGCGUGGGGUCUGCUAAGUUGAUUUCCCACGUAGCAUCUGCCAUCAGCACAGAGCUCGACCCACAUUGCAUGUCUGCAUCCCCAUCGGUGAUGUCCAGACCAAUCGUCCAAAAGACUGCCAGGGUGUCUCUUGCUUCUCCAAAUAGAGGACCCCCUGCUGGCCACGGCAAUAGCCAACAGGUGUCCAUGCAGAUGCCCGUGAGCACGUCCCAUCCCAACAAACAGAUCAGCAUCCCUCUGUCUGCCCUGCAGCUGCCUGGACAGGAGGAGCAAGUUGCUUCUGAAGAGUUCCUGCCUCAUCUGCCCAGCCAGGUCUCCUCCUGUGAGGUGGCGCUUUCCCCCUCUGUCAACACCGAGCCAGAAGUGAGCUCCAGCCAGCAGCAGCCCCCCGUCGCUCCAACCAUCACCACAGAGGCCACGGCACAGUGUAUACCAGCCUAUUCUACCAAACUCAACAAAUUCCCUGUGUUUAACAUGAAUGAUGACUUAAAUGACCUCUGCACCAGUGCAGUCAGCCCAAAUACAACCAAAGCCACGCGGUACGCCCUGAAUGUGUGGCGGUAUUGGUGUAUGACCAACGGGCUCAAAGACCACACAGACAUCACCAAGAUCCCCGCAGUGAAGUUGAACGAGCUGCUCGAGAACUUCUACGUCACCGUGAAGAAGAGCGACGGCUCCGACUUCCUGGCCACCUCCCUGCACGCCAUUCGCCGAGGCCUGGACCGCAUCCUGAAGAACGCAGGGGUGGGCUUCUCCAUCACCAGCAGCACCUUCAGCUCCUCCACCAAGAAACUCAAGGAGAAGCUGUGGGUGCUGAGCAAGGCGGGCAUGUCGGGCGCCCGUUCUCGCAACAUCGUCUACUUCUCCCUGUCGGACGAGGAGGAGAUGUGGCAGGCGGGGUGCCUGGGCGACGACAGCCCCAUCACCCUGCUGUCCACCGUGGUCAAGUACAACAGCCAGUACCUGAACAUGCGGACCCUGCAGGAGCAUGCCGACCUCAUGUACGGUGACAUCGAGCUGCUCAACGACCCGCAGAACCAGCCCUACUUCGCCCGGACGGACAGUGUCAAGCGGGAGAGUCGCAGCGGCUCCACGCGCGUCUGCCACGGGAAGAUCUACCACGAACACUCUCGGGGCCACAAGCAGUGCCCUUACUGCCUCCUCUACAAGUACAUGUACAUCCACCGGCCCCCGACCCAGAUGGAGGCCAAGUCGCCUUUCUACCUGACGGCCAGGAAGGAGGCCACGGACAUGGGCAGCGUGUGGUACGAGGAGCAGAGGAUGGGCCUGCGGUCUCUCCGGGGCAUCGUCCCCAACCUCGCCAAGAAGGUCAAGCUGGAAAACUGCGAGAACUUCACCUUCGUGUCAUUUACUCAGGUGUCCCGGAGGCUGGGCUCCCACAGCUGCUGCCAGUGAGCCCUCCCCGGCCCG